CAGUUUUAUUCAUUCAUAACUUACCUAUAAAUAGUGCACACCGGUAUAAGCGUAGGAAGAACGCUAAUUUAUAAUAUUAAAACCCGAGUAUCGUUUGAAAUUUAUCACUCAGUCACAUAAUUUUAGGGAGUAAAGAUAACAUAACUAUUGCAAACAUGUCUCACGGAAAGGAAGAUAUGAGACAAUUUUUCCAAAGACUUGAUACUAGUGGCGAAGGCCAGGUCCAGGUAACAGAACUUAAGGCGGGAAUAAAAAGAGAAUUUUGCCAGGACCUAAACGAUGCAGCAGUUAUCAAUAUGUUCAUGGGUCUUGAUAUGGACGGCGACAAUAUGAUUUCAGAAGACGAAUUUCUUACACAGAUGUGUGAAAAAAUUGAUAGAAAACUUGCCUUCACUGAGAAAUUUAAACAGAUGGAUGCCGAUGGUAGUGGAUUUUUAUCAAAGGACGAAAUAAAGACAGCUUUACAAGAAAUAUACCAAGGUGACGAAGAUGGUAUUGAUGCAAUGUGUAACGAUUGUGACAGUAACAAUGAUGGAAAAAUAUCAUGUGAAGAAUUCCUCAAACAUAUGAAGUAAACACCACUCGUUUCGUUAAAGCUGAACUGUGUAUGUAAAAAUUAACCUUGCUGCAUGGCAAAUCACGCCACUGAAAGCACAAAGAAAAAGUCCGUAUGCAGUCAGGUCGUUCUUGAUAGUGAACUAUAGUUUUUAUAUGUUUUAUAGACUAUUAUAAACAAUGCAAGGCGUUUUAUUCAUUAAAAAUAAAAUAUAUAUUUCUAUA